AUGGGCCUAGGAGAGAACAUUCUCACACAAACCCACCUCUCGACCGACAUCUCCAUCCUCCCUACUCGACUCUCGCCUACCCUCCUCACCCUUCUUCUCCUCCCUCUCGUCCUCUCCGCCCUCCACCACGGUAUAUCAGUCUGGAGACGCACACCCUCCGUGGUCUACGAGCUCCCAGAACAAUGUGGUUCACCGCGUAGGGAGAAGGCAGACACGAAUCGCCGACGGAUAGAUCGGAAGUGGAUGCCGGCUUGGCAGAAGAAGCUGUGGGGAAGCGCCUCGUAG